UCUUCGCUUUUCCACUUCUUCUUCUUUUCUUCUUCUCUUCUUUUCAGACAAAAUAACAGAACAAAACGGUACAACAACCAUCCUUUGCUCUUUUCCUCCCUGUCCUAAAAUUUGGCUCUGCCUCUCGCUUCUUCCUCUGUUUUUGGUUUACUUUUUUUCUUCUUUGCUUUCUAUUAUUAUUUUUUCUCCUAAGUACGAUUUCAUAUAAGCGUAUUCUUGAUUCAUUCAAAAGCUUCUUUAAUUUUUGGGGCUUAUUUAUCUGGUCAAAACUCAAAAGAAAAGUACAGCUUUUGUGUUCUGCUAAAAAAGAAAGGGAAAAAGAUAUAUAAGAGUUGUUUCUUCAGCUGCAAGUUUCUUACUAUACCGUCAUAAUAGAGAGAGGCAACAUGGGAGAUCAUUUCGUGCUGCUGGUGGAUCGGUUGAUAACAGAAUCCACCAUCGAGGCUGCCAUUCAGAGCAGGAACCGUAUGUUGCAAGCUAAUUCACCCGUCGAGGAAUGUACGGUCCUCGAUGAGAAAACCCUUGAGAAGCUGCGUAACGGUGAUUUGUCAAUGGCGCAGUGCAGGAUCUGUCACGACGAGGACUUGGAUUCAAACAUGGAGACUCCUUGCUCUUGCAGCGGCAGCUUGAAGUAUGCGCAUCGGAGGUGCGUGCAGAGAUGGUGUAACGAGAAAGGUGAUACAAACUGCGAGAUUUGCCAUCAGGAAUUCAAGCCGGAUUAUACAGCACCGCCUCCCUUGCUAGAGUUGGGUCAUGUUCCUCUCCAUUUCAGGGGAAACUGGGGAAUAUCUCAACGGGACCAUCGUUUCAUCACAGUUGUACCUGCUGAUUCCACUUUUAUCGACCAACAAUAUCCUCUUUCUUCCACCACAAGCUUCAUAUGCUGCCGUUCCCUUGUCCUCAUUUUCAUGGCUCUUCUCAUUCUCCGACAUACCCUCCCUCUAGUCCUCACCGGAUCAAACCUCCAUGUCUUCCCUUUGUUCACGUUGUUGUUUCUAAGAGUACUCGGAAUCAUGCUACCCAUCUAUGUCGUCACCAAAGCAGUCGCUACCUGCCGCCGCCAUUCUCAGACCUUAGACACCUCUUACUCCGAAGAUUCAUCGGAUGAUGAAACAGAACCAUGGCGCCUGCCUCAAACGCAAUCUUACAUUAUAGGCGUGCGAUGAGCACCAUUAUUUUCUUACACACACACACACAAAAGUCAAAUGUCACUGUAAAUAUAAUUUCUGGCUUAUACAUGUAAAAUGUUGGAUUGGUUUAACAGAUUGAAAAAAGAAAAGAAAAGUAUCUCAUUGGCAAA